UCCAGGGAGAGUCUUACAGAGCCUGCCUGGAAGACACCGCACAUUUAAUCCAGCUACCUUCAAGCUGAUACACACUCCCCACGUUACCAACCACACACACAGGCUUUUUCUCAGACACACUAUGGCAGGUGACCUCAGAUCAGUAGCUGUGGUAGAAGCCAUCUUAAUUGACUCACUGAGGUUUGAGUUGAGGUUUGGAUCCUCCCUGACCGUUCGAGCGUGAGCAGAGUUAGGAGCUGGAGCUUCACUUUCUUCCCCAGUGCAGAGAGACUGCACGCCAGGCACGAGGCUCUCCACUCCCCCCCUCUCCCACUCUGCCUUUUCCUGGGCUCCUGUCCAGAGAAUGACUGGCUCCAGUGGACCCAAGAGGAGGAAUGCAGCCUGAGGAUACAGAACAGCAGCUCCAGCCCUGCCUGCCUGCCUGCUGGAACAGACAAAUGCAUUGAGGUUUUACAAAUCAGCAGCUCCAACACCUUUGUGGGAUAAAUAGACUUGAUUUAUUUAAUUCAUUUUUUUCUGUCAUCAGAUCAGAAAGACUGGAUAUAAGCUGGGCAUACAGACAGACAAACAAACAGACGGACUGACAUAUGGACAGAGAGCAUUGGGCACUGCGGCGUGAAUGUAGCAACUGGACUUCUCUUCUCUGUGGUUACUAAAACCAAACAAGGAUAAUAGCCAGAGCACUAUCCUGUCCACUGAGGUAGUGGGUGGAUGCAGCUUUCAGCAGACUGCUAUAGGGGAAAGCAGAGACUGUAUAGAAGCUGCAGAGAUACAUCUAGUUGAUCCACAUUGUGGUGAUCAUCAGAAAAUGGACUGUUACUUCCAAGUAGACUUUUGUUGGAUUGUUAUAUCUAAGAUUAUCUCUUAUUAAACAUUGUUUGCAGGAACGUGAAGGGCAUAUAACGGUGGACUUUCUUUCUUUUCAUGGACUCUGCUGCCCAUGUUGAGUGGACUUGCAGGAUUUCUGUGUAGAUGAACGUGGAGUGUGUGUCUCAAUGAGGAUGGCAGAGUGCAUAAGGACUGUGUAUCUGACAGUGAUGCUGCUGUAUUUUGUUCUGCUGGGCACGGCUCAUACAGCCCACAGCAUCUACCCAAGGAUACGGCUCUCCUACAAAGAGCUUUGGCAGCUGAACAGGACCUCGGUGUUCCAGGGACAUGGAGCGUCUCUUCAGCCCCAGACCAUGCUGCUGGAUGAGGGCCACGAGAGGCUAUAUAUUGGGGCCAAGAAUACUCUGUUCUCCCUUAGCCUGGAUUGGGUUAACAUACACCACAGAGAAAUCCAGUGGGCCAGUACGGAAUCUCAGAUAGAGGAGUGUUUGAUGAAGGGGAGGGAAAAGCCGGAGUGUGCAAACUACAUCAAGGUCUUGCAACUGUACAACCAGACCCAUUUGCUGGUCUGUGGAACAGGAGCCUUUCACCCCAUCUGUGCCCUGGUCAGAGUGGGACACACAGGGCAGGACAGGCUAUUUGCUCUUGAAGAAGACAGUAUUAUGAGUGGCAGAGGACGUUGUCCGUACGACCCCAACAGUCCCUGCACGUCCACGCUCUCCAGAGGAGAGCUGUAUAUUGGCCUGUACACUGAUUACUGGGAGAAUGACGGUGCUUUGUGUCGACUUAACAACCAGACCUACACACGCACUGAAAGAGACGACAGGCAGCAACUCAAUGAACCUAAGUUUGUGGGUUCAGCAGUUAUUCCUGACAACGAUGACAGGGCUGAUGAUAAAGUAUACUUCUUCUUCACUGAGCGAGAAAUGGAUGCUGAGGGAGUGAACAAGGCUGUUUAUACUCGUGUUGGGCGAGUCUGUGCGAAUGACCAAGGAGGACAGAGAAUGCUGGUGAAUAGAUGGAGUUCCUUCCUGAAAACUCGUCUUAUCUGCUCUGUGGCUGGACCAAAUGGCAUUGAUACACACUUUGAUGAUCUUGAGGAUGUGUUUGUGCUCAAGAAUAAGGAUGGGAAAAGCCCAGAAAUAUUUGGCCUCUUUAGCACAACAAGUGCGGUAUUUAAAGGCUAUGCAGUGUGUGUCUAUCACAUGGAUGAUAUCAGAGCUGCCUUUAAUGGUCCAUUUGCCUACCGAGAGAGACCUGAGCAUCACUGGACACCUUAUGAGGACAGAGUCCCCUACCCUCGACCUGGAUCUUGUGCCAGUAAAGUGAACGGUGGUGGCUUCUCCAGCUCUAAAGAGAUUCCUGAUGAGGUUUUGCGGUUUGUGCGUUCUCACCCUGUGAUGUAUCGUCCAGUUCUGCCCCUGUACCGUAGACCUGUCCUGCUGCAGACCGAUUCAGGCAGGAGAAAGUUGACCCAGAUCGCUGUGGACAGAGUCCAAGCCCAGGAUGGACACUACCAUGUUCUCUAUAUUGGCACUGAUGACUCAGUGGUGUUGAAAGUUAUCACCAUCCACAACAAAGACACAGACACUAUGGAGGAGGUGUUGCUGGAAGAGCUGCAAGUAUUCAAGGUGCCAGCACCAAUAAGAGAGAUCAUAAUAUCACCUAAAAGGCAACAGCUGUAUGUGGGGUCAGAAGUGGGUGUGGCACAAGUCAGGCUGCAUCAGUGUGACCUCUAUGGCUCAGAAUGUGCUGAUUGUUGUCUGGCCAGAGACCCCUACUGCGCCUGGGAUGGUCUCACCUGCUCCAGAUUCUACCCAGCUGGAGUCUACACCAAGAGCAGACGAUUCAGGCGGCAGGAUGUUCGUCAUGGCAACGCCGUCCAGCUGUGCAAUGGGCUGCAAAUUGAUGAGGAACAAUGGCACAGAGCUGAGGAGAGGCUGGUGUACGGUGUGGAGAGCAACAGCACUUUACUUGAGUGUGUCCCUCGAUCACUUCAAGCCACAGUCCUCUGGUUCUUACAGAAAGGAGGAGAGAAACACGAGGUUCGUGGUGAUGAGCGGGUUAUCAUGACGUCUCACGGGCUGCUGUUUUUACGAGUGAGAAGCUCCGAUUCUGGUGUGUACGUGUGCCAGACUGUGGAACAUGGAUAUGUGCACACAUUAUUACGUGUCUCUCUACACGUUCUGAGAGGGGAGAGGGUGGAGUCAGCGAUCCAGAGGGCUAAUGAUAGGGAGGGAGAGAAAGCUGCAGCUCCAUGCCACUCCUCCAUGGGCCCUCCACCAGGCCCCAGCACCAGCCCGAGGGCUCUGGUGCCAUCCUCAGUCCCGGGCCCCCACUCCAGGCUGUGGUACAAGGAGUUUCUCCAGCUGAUUGGCUACGGGGAUGCCCAGAGAGUAGAAGAGUACUGUGAGAGAGUGUGGUGCUCUGAUAAAAAGCGUAAAAAGACCAAAAGGAAGUAUGUUCCCCCAGGUGGCGAGAAGAAAGCGAAAGGGAGGGGAGAGGAGAACUCCCACCGAGCACCUAGGCACACCUCGGACACCUGAGGAGAACAGAGACAGACUACGCACACAAACACAUGCGCACACACACACACACACACACACACACACACACACACACACACACAGGUAGUCUAAAGGUCAUUCCCACUCAGUGUUUGCACCAUGUAAAAGGUUGUCACUUUGCUUUCAACAAGAGCAGUAACAGAAAAACAACAGUAGCAGGCUGUCUAGCUAUUGUAGCUACAUUUAUCACUCAGUAGUUUGAAUGUGAUGUUUCCACUUAUUUUAAAAAGCAACAUUUUGCCUUUUUGUGUGGUGUAUCAGGUAUCUGGUGCAUACCCUGGAUAAAUGUUCUAAAUGUCAGUGUCAGUACAGACCAGAGGCCCUGGGAGGAGAUGGACAACUGAUUAAGCAAUGUUGCCUCUGAGACAGAAUAUAAUAUAUCAGCUCCUGUGGACUGACCCAGCCAAACCCAGCUGUCAAUCCAAACGCACACAGAGACUUCUACACUAAACCUCUGCUCCACCUCUCAUUCAAUGGCUCAAAAUGACAAACUCUUACUGUAUCUAUUAUGAGAGAAAACAACUAUGUUAAAGGUAAUGGCCUUCUAAUCUUUUUUGGUACUAUGAUAACUUAUUUUCUUCUUCUGUACUUUGAGUUCUGUAGUUGUUUAGAUGUCAUAAACUGGAAAAUAUAGUGUUGUUUUUUUGUACAGUGAAAAAUGCUUUGAGUUUUAUGAUACUGCUAAUUUUAUUAUAAUGCGGUAAUGGCUGUGGUGUGUGUGGUUACAAUGGCCACAAUGCAUACAGUAAGAUGUUGCAAUGCCACUAUUAUGGAUAUGGAUAUGAGGCAUGUUUUAGUUAGCCCUCAAUGGAAAUAAUUACUAUUUAACUGAGCACUUGUAAAAACUGUUACAGUAGAUGAAAAGUGGUCCUAUCGGUGGCUAUUAUGUUUAUUGAAAGUAACAUUUACAUCUACAACUGUGGUCAAAUGUACCAACAGUAUUGUGUGUAUUGUAUAUUGUAUUUAUCUAAAAUUCAGGGUGGUCUUCGUGUGCACAUCUGGCAACUAUAACUGUGUAUUCAAAAAGUCAUCCUUCUGUUCCAUCCUGGCUAUUCCCUCCUCUUUCCCUCUCUCUCUCUUACUCAUUCUCCCUUCCUCCCUUUAUCAACCCCCCCAUUUAUGUUUGUCUGUAACAAUGUUGCAGAUGGGAUUCAUAAUUACCACCGCAAACAACAUUGUAGAACACCACAUUUCCCUCAGAAGAAAAAAAGACAAAUAAAUGUUAGGGUGACCAUCCAAGCAUGUCUUUAGCAAAAUUGAUGAGUCAGCCUCAUGAAUAUUCAGUUAAUUCUGAGAUGACAGAAACAUCAAACAACCUGAUGUUACAGCGAAAAGCAUUGUAGUGGUUGUGCUAAUAAUAUAAUCUGGAGGAUCACUUAUUUUUCCAUGUCGUGCCUUAUUUCUCUCUAAAUUUUGUCACUUUAUAGUUUUGACCUGGUUAAAAACAAUCGCUUGGUCUCUGUCAAGGCCUUAUAUCGCCACUCAUCAUUUUCCUUGAAUAUUCUUCAACUACGAGUUUUGACUUAGAUUGAAAAUGUUGUGUCUGCUAUACCUGCCAUUAAAAAAAGAUCGACCAUC